UCCCUCCCCUCCCCCUCCAACCACCAUUGCCAAAAGCACUCCUCCAUUCCUCUCUCUCUCUCUCUCUCUAGGUCCUCUCUCUUUCUCUAUACUUCACAGGAACGCCGCCGCAGAAACCAAGAAGAGAAACCCAAGACAAACUUCAAGAAACCACACCCAAGAUGCUACUUCAGAUCAGCCUCAACCUCAACCUCAACCUCAACCCAAGAACCACCACCUUGUCCCUACCCCUCCUCCUCCUCCUCUCUCCUCUUCCUCUUCCAUACCCACCUCGCCGUUUGCAAUGCCGUUCCAGUUCUGGGCACUCGCGGCGAGAUCGACGUGGCGCUGAAGCGGGCGCGUCCGCAGAGCGUGCGGGACUGCUUGUCGGAGGCGGAGGCGGAGACGGCGGCGGACGACUUGGAGGCCGAGGCCAGCCGGAGAGUGCUGCUGGUGCAGCAGAAGAAGUACAUCAGCUACGAGACGCUGAGGCGGGACAUGGUCCCUUGCACGACGGCCGGGGCGUCGUACUACAACUGCCACGCCGGGACGGCGAACCCCUACAACCGGGGCUGCGAGGUCAUCACCUACUGCGCGAGGAACAUUAGGGACAUCAAGACUUGAGGGGGCGGCACUGGCUGGCUGCAUGGUGGGUGUCUGAUCUUCGGUGGGGUUGUCGGUGGUAACCAAAUUUUUUAACUUAGUUUCUGUGUGACUGUCAUUGCCUCUCGGGAGUGCUUGUCGUUUGGCUGCAAUGUGGCGCUGUUGAUGUAUAUGUUGUGAUCCCAAUGGUGAGUCGAUCCGUGAUCACGAAGAAGAAGCGGCGUCUUUGGAAACCGAACCCUUCUUUAUUAAGUAUGAUGAUGCUCGACGAGCACCUGUUGACAUGACCCUGUCUAGUAUGUACACUACCAGUGUUCAAUAAUGUUGAUUCUUUGCUGGGGAUAAUGAGAUGCAGCCUCCCUUAUAAAGGGCUUUUGACGUCGAGAUUUGGUGAAUGAUAGAAUGGGUUUUUCAUUAUAGUAUUUAUGAGAAUAGUUGUAGGUAUUUUGCCACUGUAACUGUAUCCUAUUUCAGUUUCAAUUUGAAAAUUUGUCUGCUUGGCGAAGCACUUCUCAUUGUGA